GGCGCUCCGGGGGCGCGGCCAUGGCUGAGGCGCGGCCGCUGCGGCUGCUGGCCCUGCACGGUUACCGGCAGAGCGCCCGCCGCCUCCGCCAGCGCACCGGUGCGCUCCGCAAGGCCCUGCGCGGCCGCGCCGAGCUGCUGAUCAUUGACGCGCCUCACCCGUUGCCCGCCGCCGCUGAGGACGACUCCGACGGGGACGACCCCCCCCGCGGCUGGUGGUUCUCCGGGCCCGGCACGUUCGAGGCGGGCGAAGCGGCUGCGGCUCCGGUGGGGCUGGACGAGUCUCUGUCCACCGUGGCGGCGGCGCUGGCGGAGUACGGGCCCUUCGACGGGCUGCUGGGCUUCAGCCAGGGCGCGGCGCUGGCCGCCAUGGUGUGCGCCCUGCGGGCCCGCGGCGACCGGCGCUUCCCUGUGACCUUCGCCGUGCUGGUGGCCGGGUUCGCCAGCCGCUCCCCGGCACACGGACACUUCUACCGGGAGCCCAUCGCCCUGCCCACGCUGCACAUCGUGGGCGACACCGACGCCGUCAUCGCAGCAGCCCUCAGCAGGGAGCUGGCCCGGUGCUUCGUGGAGCCCGUGAUCCUCACGCACCCCGGGGGACACUUCAUCCCCGCGGCUCCGGCGCAGAAGAAAGCCUACCUGGAGUUCUUGGAACGCUUCUGCCCCGGGCAGGGCCAGGCCGAGCAGCCGGGGGCUGGAAAGGUUUGAGAUCGGGCUCUGUAAUAAUAAAGGACUCUGGUGAGCCACGUGCGCUCAUC